UUACUUCUUCUUUUUCAAUUCUUCAACAACAAUUAUUUUUUCAUGCUCACCACAGUUUUAAAUACUAAUUUAAAUAAUUCCACAACAAUAAUUACAGCAACAAACUCUUCUUUAAUUGCAUGGCUUAAACGGUGGCCAAAAGAAUUUGUUCGAUUUUUAAUUUCUCCUCCAUCAAUUAGUGACGCUAUGCCCGAUUCUGGUCCUUGGAAAUACGACUACGAAAAUUCUGUUCUUCAUUUUGGGGAACACGAAUAUGUUGUUUUUUAUUUUUGGAAAAUGGGGAGUGGACUUGGUUUGGCAGCUUCAAUGUUAGUAGUUAGUUUAGUAGCUAUUUUACACGAGGCAGUUCUCGGUCUUCGUUUUAUUUUAGAAAGAGAGCAAACACUUUUAAAUUCUCAAAAACAACAACAAAAACAAUCUAUUUCUACAAUUAGAAUAAAUGAAAGAAUUCCUUCAACAAGUACCCACAGAUAUAUUAAUGAGCAAAAUAUUAAUGAAGAAAAUAUAAUUGAAGAAAAUUUAACAAUUAAAAGCGAAUUAAAAAAUAUUUUUAGAAGAACAUUUACACGGAAUAGAAUGAUUCAAGCUUUUCUUUAUGCCUGUCAAUGGGGCCUUUUUAUUUUUGCUUUUGUACUUGUUCCUUCUGGAACUUUUAAUAUUCCCUUAAUUUUGGCUGCUUUAACUGGCAAAACUAUUGGCUAUUUGUUAUUUAUUGGAUCACCAGCAAUGGAAUCUGUUGAAAGAAUUCCUCCAUCACCUACAACAAAUGGUGGAAGUUCAGAAGGAUUACAGUUGGGUAGAACUAGAAAAAGUCUUCGAUCGUUUUAA